AUGUCUCUGUCCUACAGUAUCGAAAGUCUUCUGCAGUCUUCAAAAUCCGACGUCAACGAUUACGUUGAAUCGCGAGCAGACGUUACGUCAUCCGUCUGCUACUCCGACAUCGACGAUAACUCGGACGACGAGAAGUCCAACAGCCCUCAAUCGCUCGCAAAGAAACUCGACCGACGUUUCAAAUCCAACGUUCCUGAAGACGUCAGAUUGCGCGUGAACCACCGGGAGCGUCAGCGCAUGCACGAUCUCAACUCGGCGUUGGACAGUCUCAGGAAGACGCUGCCUUAUUCACACGGACCUUCAGUGAAGAAGAUUUCCAAAAUGGCCACCUUAGUUCUCGCUAGAAACUACAUUCUCAUGUUGAACAAAUCACUUGAAGAAAUGCGGAAACUUGUCACGGACGUAAGCAUGAAAAAGUCAGCGGGUGUAAACGUGACCUCUACUUGCGGUCUGCCAUCCGACAGGAUCCCUACCUUAGCGACGUCACUUCCGGGAAGCCAUCUACUGAGGACCUCACCGUACUUACCAUACGACAAGACAUCCAUUCGUAUGGAUGAUGUCACGAAGACCUCUAGUCAUCAACCAGUGACGUCACAUGCCAGUCCGUAUCUAUACACAAUUCCCAGUUUCCACAUACCAAACGUCGCGUGUCACGUGAGCGGUGGGGUUUCGCCCAUGUGCCCGUGCAAUUUCUGUCAAGUUGCGCUCGCGACGUUACCGAAGUCAGAUUGGAAGCAGACGUGCCAGUAG